AUGUCUUUUAAUACUUUACGCCGAAGCACUUUCCGUCUCAUCUCGAUCCGUAAUCAAUUUCCUCCAAUCUCCCAAAGACCAUUCGCGUUUACACCCCGUCGCACAAUGUCCAUCCCUACUACCAUGAAGGCUGUCGUGGUCGAGCAGACCGGUGGCCCCGAGGUCUUGCAGUACAAGACCGAGUACCCUGUUCCCACAGCUAAGGAGGGCCAGCUCCUCGUGCGCAACAACAUCUCCGGUAUCAAUUUCAUCGACACAUACUUCCGCACAGGCUUGUACGCUUCCCCCAAGCCCGAAAUCCUGGGCCGGGAGGGCGCCGGUGUUGUCGCAGCUGUUGGCCCUAAUACCACUGGAUUUGCUGUUGGAGACCGUGUGGCUUGGAUGGCUAAUGGUGGAUAUGCUGAAUACACCGCUGUUCCAGCGGCCAAGACGGUUAAGAUCCCUGAGGGAAUCAGUGAUGAGGAUCUUAUGGCUUCUUUCUUGAGUGGAUUGACUGUUCUCUCAUUCGCUAAGGAGACCUAUGCCGUGCAGAAGGGUGAUUGGGUUCUACUGCAUGCAGCUGCUGGUGGUGCUGGAUUCCUCAUGACUCAGAUUCUCAAGUCAAUUGGAGCUAAUGUCAUCGGUACUGCUGGUGGUGCGGAGAAGUGUGCCCUGGUUAAGAGCCUCGGUGCGGAUGUGGUUAUUGAUUACCGCAGCGAGGAAGGCAAAGACUGGGUUAAGAAGGUUAAGGAGGUUACUGGUGGUCGGGGUGUCGAUGUGGUGUAUGACUCUGUCGGCAAGGAUACUUGGGAAGGUAGCUUGGAAGCUGUUAAGCGCAAGGGAACGAUUGUCUGGUUUGGCAAUGCCAGUGGACCAGUUCCUCCUAUUCCCCUCCCCAAAUUGUCUCCCAAGUGUGUUAAGAUUGCUCGUCCCACUCUCUUUGGUUACAUCGAGACUCGAGAGGAGUUUGAAUACUACACCAAUGAGCUCUUCCGCUUGCUCAAGUCUGGCGAGCUCAAGGUCAAAAUCCACAAGAUUUACCCUAUGGAGGAUAUUAUGCAGGUUCACCAGGAUUUGGAGGGCCGCAAAACAAUGGGCAAGCCUCUCAUCAAGCCUUAA